AUGAAACCGCCGACCACCAUGGAAAUAGGGUUCUCUGGCGCCAGACUUAGUUCCUCUUCCAUCCAGGCAAAUCAGACUGGAAGCGGCAGUAGCAGCUCACAUAAGUUGUAUCCCGACGGCUCCAUCUUCUUUUCCCAAGGCCAGCAGCAACAGGAGUCGUGGCCUGAGCCGGAGCAACAGCCCCCACACACGAUCAGCUAUAGAUCCCAGGCCCAAAGGAGCGAGUCGUCAGCGACAGCUUCUUACUCCUCGUACAGGACCGGAGCAACGGGUGGAACACAGACGUCAGCAUCUACCAGUCCUUCUGCAUAUUCCCCAUUCACCAACCCAGCCGAUGCUGAAUCGACAGACACCUGCGACACUUCUCUAAACCGCCAACAAGCAUUGGAGCAGAUGAGUGUUUCUCUGAACCCACCCGUCUCCUUUGGCGGUCACACAUCGCUGGUCUACGAUCAUCUGGCACACUCGCACACGCAGCCACAGAGCCAUUCGCCCAGCAGCCAAGGCGGACAGCUUCUUCGCCCUCUUUCGCAACAGUGGAGCUCUGCUGGAUCGGUAAAUCCAAAUUCGGGCCAGUACAGUCACCAUACGACGCCAUCACCAACUGCCCACGACAGUCACUUUACACAUCGGGAUCCGCCUGGCUUUCAGUCGACAAUGUCAGAAGGACAUGGGAAUGGGGAUCAUGGGGGGAACCUAGGCGGAUAUGGAGAUAUGUCGAGCCAACAGCAUCAUCCGCAGCAUCAACAGCAAUAUCAGCAGCGGCAUCAACAUCAGCAACAACAACAACAGCACCAGCAUGGCCAGCAUAGCCAGCAUCACCAACAGAUUCACGGUCUCCCAGUUACAUCAUUGCAUAGCUCAUUACUUCCGCCAACACACGGUCAAUCGAGCUUAGGGGCUUUACUAAGGCAGGGCAGCGGGAGCAGCAGUGCAGACUCAGAAGUGAUGGCAUAUCGUGAGCAGCCUUCUGUCCACACGACAGCAGAGUCUGCCUAUUUACCGAAGUUGAACCAAGUAGCGCCACUAUCGAGCCAGCAACAAUACCAUGACUACUCGAAUACUGAUUACCAUCGCCGACAACAAGGGACGGCUAACGACCCUUCCAUGCGAUUGGUUCCUCCUCAUAUGGCAGCCCAGGCUGGACUGCCGGACAUGGCACACCCGAUGAGUUACUCUGCCGGCCCGGGUCCAGACCGCACAUAUCCGUACCAUCAAUCGCCGUCAAGCUCAAUAUCUGGUCCGGUGAUGUCCAACAUUAGCAAUCCAGGAGGUCAUAUGAGUAUUAUACCAGGAGUUGGCAUGCCCUUUGGAGGCGGACACAAGCCACUUCUCUACAGCAACGGCCACCACACGAUCCCUCAUCACUUGGGUGGCAAUUUACUUGGCCACCACCUAGGCCUGGGCAAAGGGUCUCAAUCGCACGAACGGCCAUUUAGAUGCGACCAGUGUCCGCAGUCCUUCAACCGAAAUCACGAUCUAAAGCGCCACAAGCGGAUUCAUCUGGCUGUCAAACCAUUUCCCUGCAAUUACUGCGACAAGAGUUUCAGUCGGAAGGAUGCCUUGAAGCGCCAUCGUUUGGUCAAAGGUUGUGGGGAUAAGCUGCAGAACGCGGAAGGGGAGUCGUCUGCCGGAAGCAUCGCGCACAGCGACGGGGGCGGCAGCAGUAUAAUGAACAACGAUUCGAGCGAUAUGGCAAGCGAUGACCACCAGAGGUGA